AUGAGCAACGUUAACGGCAACGGCAACGACGGCGACGGUAAUAACCAGAGCCACAACCGGGCCAGAAACGACCGUUUCCGGCUGCGGGAUAUGGCCGCCGCUCGCGGCGGGCCGGCACGGAUGCAGGCGCCGGCGCCUGCGCCUGCGCCUGCUCCGGCCCCGGCACACGGUGAUGGUGACAUGGACAACAACGACAACAACGACAACGACUUCGACAUCAACAACGACAUCGACAUCAACGACAUCAUCGACAUCGUCAACAUCAACAACAUCAUCAAUGCCAUCAACAAUGCCCUCAACGACCAGGCCAGAAACGACCGUUUCCAGCCGCGGGACAUGGCCGCCGCCCGUGGUGGUCCGGCUCGGAUGCAGGCGGUCGACAAUCUGAACCAGCGGCCGAUCCAAAACGAGAUUCGGGUGGCCACGGGCGGUGCGCCUCGCGACAGCAUCGGCGGCGAGGCGCCCCUGUCGCCGCGUCCCGAGUCCCAGCAUGGCAUGCUGACCCGUUCGCAGGGCCAGUCUGUGGUAGUCCAGGCCGGCGCCCGCCGCGGCGAGACGGUCAUUGUGCCGCGGCACCGGAUGACGCGGCGCAGCCAGACCAACCUCGCGGCGGCCACGGACGAACAGGACGAAAAGGACGACGUCGACAUGACGGACGUGUCUUUGUCGGAGGGGGACAAGGACGAAUCGGACGCGGAGUACACCGCCUAA